AUGGCUGUGGCAAACGCGAAACAAACUGUCCUAAAUCCGGUGAUUCCGUUCACUGGGGCCAUACCUGGGGGCCUACACCCUGGCGAGAUAGUCAUUAUCCAGGGCACUGUUCACAAUGAUGCGGACAGGUUCCAGAUGGACCUGUCCUGUGGCAGCAGUACUAAACCUCGUGCGGACAUCGCCUUCCACUUCAACCCCCGUUUUAAGGGUUCCCCGUGCGUGGUGUGUAACUCCCUGGUGCAGGAGAGUUGGGGCAGGGAGGAGACCCUUCAGCAGCUGCCCUACAGACAGGGAGCAGCCUUCGAGACGAUCAUCCUGGUCCAUGAUGACGUCUUUAAGGUGGCAGUAAAUGGUUCUCAUUUGUUAGAAUACAAGCACAGAAUCCCACUGGACAGGAUUGACACACUUUCUAUAUGUGGGAAAGUUAAGGUGCACGCCCUUGGCUUUAUACCAAACUCAGCAAUAUAUUCAAUAUCAGGCGAAUCAGGUGACCUGAGUCUCCCUUACAAAGGCAGUCUACUGAAAGGGGUGAGUCCAGGACAGCACAUCACAAUCAAGGGACAGGUCAGCAUGUACCCACACAGCUUCACUGUGAACCUCCGCAACAGCAGCAGUGAGAACAUCGCUCUGCACCUGAACCCCCGGAUGAAGUCGGCCAUGGUCAUCAGGAACUCCUACCUGAGUGAGUCCUGGGGACCAGAGGAGAGGGAGCUUCCCCUCUUCCCAUUCUCACCUGGGGAGUACUUUGAGAUGCUUAUCCUCUGCCAGCCCCACCAGUUCAAGCUGGCGGUGAACGGCUCUCACCUGCUGGACUACAGGCAUCGGGUGCAGGACCUGAGCACCAUCAACCAGCUGGAGAUCAUGGGAGACCUGGAGCUGAUGGAUGUCAAGCUGUGGUGA